UUCGUGUUCAGCUCAGCUCGGUUCGGCUCAGCCUCAUAUCGGAUCUCCGUGUUUCGAGGCAAACCGUUCUUCAAAUUUGUUGCUGCAGAUCGCCCCCGAUCCCGACAGUCUCCGCUGCUGGGACAGCGGCAGGGGUUUGCCCGAACACCGAGUGAUAUUUGCGUGCAACACCGUCGACCAUUCGUUCCUACGGUCUACUGAUCAUUCCUCGGCAUAGAGUGGUGCGUAGUUCGCGACGUCGCUGACGUACACGGAGGGAUCAUGGGAUCGACGUGUCAUCUGACGGUGGCGAUCCUGCUGCUCGUUCAGUCGAACCUGCUGCUCGCCCAUCGAGAACACAAGGUCCACAACAUCGUGCUGUACCCGGACAAGCACAGCUGGUGCAAGACGACCCUCAUCAAGCAGGUGGUCACAUGGCCGCAGUGUUCCUCGCAGGAGUUGGACAACAACGUAUGCGUCGGGGCUUGCUUCUCGUAUAUGGUUCCUCACAGCGAGCCAUCCGCUCCUGGUGACUUGAUACGACCCUACUGCGACUCCUGUCAACCCUUGGACAGCGUCUGGCACACGGUUACUCUGGACUGCAAGGACGAGGAGAACAACCCGAUAACGAUGCAGAAGAAGGUCCAAAUCAUCACCAACUGUUCCUGCAGUUCCUGCAUGGAGACCUCUAGGAUCAAACCGGACUACAACACCCUGCUCCAGUCGCUGACGGAGGAGAACAUGGAUAAGAACGUGAACGUCGUCCACGAAACGCCGGAUCUCCUGCUGAAUCCCAACCUAAAUUCUUCAAAGAAUACCACCAGGGAUGGCGUCCAAGCCAACGAGAGAUUCCUGCAACUGUUGAAGCAGCUGAAGGACUCAGAGAAACUGGACGAGUUCGGUGCCAAGGAGUUGUUCUCCAAGUUCGAGGAAGACGUCGAUAUUGAGAAGCUGAGGGAGCUACUGAAGAAGUACAGCCAAGAGGACGAGAGGGAGCAUUCGCAUCAACAUCAGCACCAGUCGUCCGGGAAGCAGCAACAACAACAGCAGCAGCAACAGCAGCACCACUCUACGACGACCGUGCUUCAUCGAGGUCCUCAUCACUCGAUGGUUCUGGACUCCGACGUCAAAGAGAAAAUCGACGUGGAGCCGCAUUAUCUUCACCCAGCGGUCGCUGGUCAGGAGAUCAGCUACCACGACAACGUCCUCGUGGACAAGGAUAAGAAGAAGGAUUUUUGAAAAGAGGGAGGACGUUCCUCUUACCAAGGAAACGCGCGACUGGUUGACUUUAGACGUCGAACUGGUCCGAGUUCGUAGAAGACAUUAUUGGUAUAGAUGAAAAUGCUCGUCGGACGAGAUCGUUUCUGUUUCUUUUUUCCGUUAGGAUCGUUCAUUGCCUAGUCCAGUCUGCGGUUAAUUGUUCGGUUUUUGAGCUACGAUUAAACGUUCAGCUUGAUCCACUGUAAAUAGAGACGGUUCUUCGUUCUUCUUUGUUUUUAGUAGAGAAAAAAAAAGGGAUGACGCUUUGUUUUGUAUUGUAUGUACUAUUCGUUAAAAUGUUACGCGUUAUUGUUCGAUGGGUAAACCGUUCGAUUAGAUUUGCUUAGGUUGGGUGGCAGAAGACUCGUUGGGGCUCGAUUGUUCGGAGGAUGCGUUAGGUAAAAAUUGAUUUCUCAAUCGCUAUUGGAGACGAGACGCUGAAAGGGGGGAGAAAAAGAGAGAAAGAGAGAUGAAAUUCUAAUAUAUAUUUAAUUAUUAUUAUUAUUAUUAUUAUUAAUUAACUAUUUAACAUACUCGCGCGUCUAAUAAAGGAAUUUACGUCUGUUUAUAUUUACAUUUUAACUCUCGAAACUAGCAAAUAUUGUAAACAUCGACAGGCAUUUUUUUUAUCUUGUUGACUGCUUCGAAGCAUAUAUUGUAUCCAUUGUCCCGUAGAGAAUAAACAAAGAGUCAGCAUGA